AUGAAGUUUACUAUUGUAUUAUUUACCUUGAUUCUGGUUACGGUUGCUGCUGCUGCUACUACUACUACUACUGCUGCUGCUAAUAGAAUCCAAAACAAAGCUUAUGCAUACUAUUAUUGCAAUUCAUAUUGUACUCAAGCUGUGAAUGAUGAAAAUUCUUGUGGUUAUUAUGAUACUGAUGUUUCAAAUCAAGAAUAUUAUGCAUGUUUAUGUACCAAAUCAAGUUAUUAUAAUAAUUUGAGAAGUUGUGAUUGUUUUACUAAAGUAGUUUAUUAUUAUUCAACAUCAAUUUGUUCAAGAGCAAACGUUGGAACUUAUGUUGGUGGUCGUACUCUGACUACUUGGGGUGUUUCAGCUACCAAGUAUCGUUCAUCAACUCUGACUAGUUCAUUAACUAGAAAAAGUUCAUCUAUUGGAGCCAGUCCUUCAAUUGCAAUUGCUCUGUCUACUAAAGAAAGUUCAUCAACUGAAAGUUCCUCAUCCCUUGAACAAAGCUCCUCAGCUGGACAAAGUUCAUCGACUGAACAAAGUCCCUCAACUGAGGUCUCCUCUUCUUCAUCCAUUGAAGAAAGUUCAUCUAAUCAAGAUAUUUCAUCUACUGAUAGUAUUACAACUAUUAGCUCAGACUCUUCCACAGGUAAUACUGACUCACCAACUCAAGGUGGUGGUGGAAACAGUGGAAACAAUGGAAGCAAUGGGGAUGGGGGAAAUGAUGCUAGUGGUGGUGGUGGUGUUGUUAACGAGAACGAACAAGCAUCAUCCCCUCCAAGUUCACAAUCUUCAACAAACAGUAACCAACCUAAUAGUUCUCAAACAGCACCAGGAGCUGCUAAUUAUUUGUCAAGUGUCAGUGUUGGUACAUUGAUGAUUUUGGUCUUAGGGUUGAUUUGA